AUGGUAACUCUACUCAAAUCCGAAGAACUUUCAGAGUGGCCUCAAACAAAGGAGAUAAAUUUACCGGACCAAGGAUAA